UUGGAUUAAUGGAUUAAUGUCUUUAGCGCAAAAAACAAUACUCGCUGCUUUUUGGGUGGUUCGAGGGGGUGACCACCACCACCAUCUCUUGACUGACACGCUGUGGAGGAAUGAGUGAUGCCGGAGAGAGGAUGUACCAUCUGGAGUCUGGUGGUACUGUCGGUGUUGGAGAUGGGGCUCGGUGCAUCCAGCAUCGCCCUCGGGGUGGUCGGCAUCAUCCGAGUCCGGUCGGUUCACAAGCUGCAGCUGGGGGAUGCCUCCCCUAUAUGGAGCGGAGUGUGUUUUCUCAUCUGUGGACUAUGUGGGAUGGUGUGUGCAAAGAAGAGGUCAGGCUUGAUUAUGAUCCUGUUUUCAGCCUGCUGUAUCUGUGGGCUGAUCAGUGGGAUCCUAAACUUCCAGUUUGUGCGUGUGGUGGCAAAGCGUCCCGAUGCCCUGCCGUCCCUCUACCUGGCCAUCAUGGUGCUGGCCUGCCUGGGCAUCGGAGUGUCCAUCCUGUUUACCUGGCUCACCUGUCGUCUGGCCAGCAGCGAACAGCAGAGGAUGUACCUGGAGAGAGAGCUGUCCCUGUACCACUCCCAUGAGAUGAGUGAAAAGGAGUUUGCUGAGAGAUCUGAAAGAGCAGCCAGCAUCCCCCAGAUCUCCUUCAAUGGAAAGUCCUCACCUCCAUUAUCAUUAGGCUAAAGCCCAGCUGUGUUACUGUAUUCAAAGCAACUUGGAGACAAUGUUGGUUCCAUACAACCCCAACGGUUGCAGGGGACGUGAUCUCUUGCACUUAACUGAUACACAAAGGAAUCAACUUAAUCAACGGAAGUUACGGCAACGCUAUGAGAAGGCGCUGUGAGAUUUGACAAUCGGCUCACCAAUGACGAUGGAGGCUGAAUGAUGCACCUGGAUAGUCCCCAGACAGGGCUUUGGAGAACAUGGAAACAGCAGGUAAAGGGGACAAAGCUAUGGCACCUCCAAAGGCU